UAUUGUCACGUAAGUUGUGUUCAGCCAUCAAUGGUCACAGGGAUUAGGUAGUAGUUUUCUGUCUAAGUUUUUGCAAAGAUUGAAGGGACCCUACUCUUCUCUUCCAUUUUUGGAGUGUAUUGUUCCAUUAAUGUUGUUGCUGUCCAGGAUGCCCUAAUACAAUUGAACUAGAUAUAACUGUUUAAUCAAUUUUCUUUAAUUUUUGGUUUUCAGAAUGGAAUCCACGUAUAGGGCAUGGGCUCGAGAGAGGAGAGAAAGUGUAGCACCCGAAGAUUUGGAUGAACUCUGUAGGGAGCUGCAAACAGCUUUAGGCACUGCCAAAUGGCAGUUGGAAGAGUUUGAGAAGGCUGUCAGGUUGAGCUAUCGCCAACGUGGUGAUGAUCAUACAACAGCUAGACAUAGACAAUUUAUUUCUGCCAUUGAAAACCAAAUUUCCCAUGUUGAAACAGCAUUAAGUGCAUCGUUCAGUGCAGAAGGAAAGAAACACUUACGCUGGGUACAGCUAGAUGAAGAAGAAUGUGAUGACUUAGCUGCAUUUCUCUCUGGGACAUCCCAUUGUAUUCCAAGCGCCAAAAAUGAUCAUGUAGAACUUGGACCUUCUGUGAAAAGCUCUGAGGAAAAGCCUAUGAGAAGAAAAGAUGUGGACAUUAAAUCUAAUGCUGCCUGCAAUUUGGACAUUUCUGAUGAAAUAAAGGGUGUUAAAGAUACUGCUAUUAAUAUUAAGGAUCCGAAUUUUAUCAUGGACCUAAAUGGGAAAGAAAUGCCAGGAACUAGGGAUGAUAUCAUUUAUCAUGCUGAUAGAACAACUAAUACAAGGAAAACUUGGGGCUCACCAAAUUGUGAAUUGAGGAUUAUCGUAGCUGAUGAAGCUGAGCAGAGAACACAGGUAAUGCCAAGCUUAGAGGAUACACCCAAAGAAAAAGGGUCCAAACUUGUCUUUUGGAGAAGUUGUGGAGAAUUUCAUCAAGCAAAGGGAGCAGUUAAUUUGUUCAACCAGCUGUUUGGCAGGGUUGGUGCAUCUCAAAAGCAAUCACAAAGUCCACAGAAGCGAUGGCAAGGUCCAUUACGCUUGCAUUACGGUCGUUCUGUUCAAGUAACCCUCGUUUUAAUGCUCACUUUUUUCCUGCUUGUACCAUUUGUGUUCUAUUCAAGUUGAGAUAAAGCAUACAGAAUGGACAUGAUCAGGGUGGAAACUGAAAGGGGUAUUUGAGCUAUUUCUCGGUGGCGGCAGUCUGAAAAGGGAAUGCUUGUCACUACCAUCCUCCAGUUGUUUUAAGGGCUUUGGAAUAGGCCAAGCUACCUCUCUUUGUACUGUAUAGGAGUGAAAGAGGCAACAGGAACAAGGUAGCAAUCCUUUUAGAUCUCCAGAUGCCCAUUAAAUGUAAAUUCAUUCAGGGUUUAAACAUAAGAAGAAUAUUCAGUAGUGUAGACAUUCCACAAUUCCAAUAUGCUUCGAACUUCAGUGAUGACAUUAUUCUAUACAUGAUAUGUCAAUUAUGACACAGUUACUUGUAA